AUGCAUGUACGAGAAUUGUUCUGCGAUUUCUCAAAAUUUAUGAGCAGAUGCUGCAUUGCCUCUUCUUUUGCUAUUGAGAUGUGUCAUAACUCACUGCGGAAUAACAUAUUUACUACCCCUAAAGCUAACUACUUAUUAAUAACCAUCAGCGUUGUUAACUAG